AUGUGAUAAAAUAACUUGUCUUUACAGUAUGAGCUUUAUAUUUUCAUUUAAUCGAUCAUAAUAAAUAAACAAAAUGUUGGAAGACGUUCAAAAACAUUCAGUGCACACAUUGGUGUUCAGAUCUUUAAAAAGAUCUCACGACUUGUUCAUGUCUAACCAGUUCUCAUUGAUACCUAUUGACGAAAAAUCUUUAAGGAUCAAAAAAGCAGUAAAGGCUAGAGAUUCUUAUAUUCAAGUGUUUGAUAAAGUUAAAGCUGCGCAGGCCUUGAAAGAACAACAAAAAGCACAAAAUGGCAACAAGAGUCCACCCCAUACAGGAAACAAUCAAGAUGACACAGCAGAUACUGCUACUGCUUCUAGUGCAAUGGUGCCAUACAAUAAUCCAAGUACUGCAUUAAUUGAAACAAACCAGUCUUAUAAACAAUCAAAUAAUACAAUAGUGACUCCUGUUAAAAAACCUGCAAUGCCGAAACCUAAGUGGCAUCCACCAUGGAAAUUAGCUCGGGUGAUUUCAGGGCAUCUUGGAUGGGUCAGGUGUGUGGCUGUUGAACCUGGUAAUGAAUGGUUUGCAACUGGCUCAGCCGACAGGGUAAUUAAAAUUUGGGACUUGGCCAGUGGCAAACUGCGUUUAUCACUUACUGGCCAUGUGAGUACAGUGAGAGGUCUUGCUUUGAGUACCAGACAUCCGUAUUUGUUCAGUUGUGGAGAGGAUAGGCAAGUUAAAUGUUGGGAUUUGGAGUAUAACAAGGUAAUAAGGCAUUACCAUGGUCACUUGUCUGCUGUGUAUACAUUAGCAUUGCAUCCUACUUUAGAUGUUUUAGUAACAGCCGGACGAGAUUCAACCGCUAGAGUUUGGGAUAUGAGAACCAAAGCUAACAUACACACUUUCACAGGUCAUACGAACACGAUUGCAUCUGUGAUAUGUCAGAAUGCUGAACCUCAAAUUAUAACUGGUAGUCAUGAUGCAACGAUUAGAUUAUGGGAUUUGGCUGCAGGAAAUUCUAUUUGCACAUUGACGAACCACAAAAAGAGCAUCAGAAGUCUUGUUUUUCAUCCUAGAUUAUAUAUGUUUGCAUCAGCCUCACCAGAUAAUAUAAAAGAAUGGCGUUGCCCUGAUGGCAAAUUUGUGCAGAACCUAAGUGGACAUUCAUCUAUUAUUAAUUGUAUGGCUGUUAAUGAAGAUGGUGUACUUGUAUCUGGUGGUGAUAAUGGUACUGUACAUUUCUGGGAUUGGAAAACUGGAUAUAAUUUCCAGAGACUGCAGUCUGCUGUACAACCAGGUUCAAUGGAAAAUGAAGCAGGUGUAUUUUCUAUGACAUUUGACCUAUCUGGUUCAAGGUUGAUAACGACAGAAGCUGACAAAACAAUUAAAAUCUACAAAGAAGAUGAUACUGCAACUGAAGAUAGUCAUCCGGUUAUUUGGAAACCUGAAGUACUCAAACGCAAAAAAUACUAAUUUAUUAUAAGAAAAUUGUUUGUAUGUUAAGUAAUGUGUAUAUGAGUACCUUUUUAUAUUUCU